ACAUCUCUCUCCAAAUGAUGUUUUUGUUUUCAGGUGAAAGGGAGGGGACUCAGUCAGCACACCUUCGGACCGGCGUACUUCCUGCAUCUACCACUGUGAUAUAUAAAAACCCGGCGCGCAGAACGGCAGCCGAAGUCCUCGUAUAGUUUGACUAGUCUAAGCUACUGCUUGAACUGAGCAUCAUCUCUCUCUCUCUCUCUCUCUCUCUCCCUCCUGUCAACUAUUCUAACUGGAAGGUUGGAAGAGUGUCGCCUGGCAACGCAGGUACAAGAUACGGCUGAAAAGGAGAAGAUUAAAUCCAGACUUCACAUACAGCAUUUGAGAAAUCAGAAAAAGCAGAAAACAUGAAUGCUCCGCACUUUUCCAUAGACUUGCUGCUGCUGUGCAUAUCUUGCGGAGCAAGUGUAUUGGCAGCCAACUCUCCCAAUGUGUCCUCGACGCUGCCAGCCACCAAUUUCACCGACCUUGGCUCAGCGUUCAGCUAUGGAGAAGCAGACAGCAAGAAUAUUAUUCUGACCAGGAAGAAGCGUUAUAUUUCCCAAAACGACAUGCUUGUCAUUCUCGAUUAUCACAAUAAAGUAAGAGGGAAAGUUUUCCCUCCGGCGUCCAAUAUGGAGUACAUGACGUGGGACGAGACCCUGUCUAAAUCAGCUGAGGACUGGGCCCACGCGUGUCUGUGGGAGCACGGACCUCGACACCUCCUCAGGUUCCUGGGCCAGAACCUCUCUGUCAGGACUGGACGCUACCGCUCUAUUCUCCAGUUAGUGAAGCCCUGGCAUGAUGAAGUGAAGGACUAUGUGUUCCCUUACCCCCGGGACUGCAACCCCAGAUGCCCCCUUAAAUGCUACGGACCCAUGUGUACACAUUAUACACAGAUGGUUUGGGCCACAACAAACAAAGUCGGAUGUGCUAUACACACCUGUCACAAUAUGAACGUGUGGGGGAACGUGUGGAAACGGACAACAUACUUAGUGUGUAACUAUUCAUCUAAGGGGAACUGGAUCGGAGAGGCACCCUACAAAGUAGGCGUCCCGUGUUCCGCCUGUCCCCCGAGCUACGGAGGCUCCUGUUCCAACAACAUGUGCUUCCCAGCCCUCAACACAAACUAUCUGCAGUGGUUCAAAUAGAGCCAGGAGUCCCUGUCCAGACUAAGUCUGCGUCCCAAAUCACACCCUAUUCCCUAUUGCCAUUUGGUGCUAACACGCUGACCCCUGACCCCAACACAGAGACUUUCCCCCUUGAAGGAUUUGCACAGCAUUCGUGGAAAACACACUAAUUUAAGAUUAAAGCAUACAUUUAUAAUAAUGUGUACAUAGAAUUCAUGUUUUUUAUUUGACAUAUUUUCCAGAUUUUUUUUUUAAUGAUUAUCAUAUGAUGAAUUAGAUUGAUUGGUUGAUUGAUACAGUCGGAUGAUAAUUUAUGUUGUGAAGUAUGUUUCCUGACAGUGUUAGAGUAUAAUGGGUUUACCAUUGGUCAUGUACCCAUAGAAUGUGGACACGCAUGGAUGUGCCUCACGAUGGGUCAAAUGGAUACAAGUCAAUGACAUUUCAACACUACGGUAGCAAGCAAAAAUAGUUUUUAAAAGUGAUUGUUAACUAACUUGUACAGGUUUUUGGGGGGGCUUGCUUAGCUAAUCAUGUUGGCUAACUGUGGAGAGAAAUAAUUCACUUAUGUACCGUUAAUUAGGGCUUGAUUCAAUCUGUACCAAUUCUAUGGCGUAAUAGACAUUUAAAGGCAACGUGAGUGGAGAUUCUUUUUUUAAACUAGGCAAGUUGGCAGGGUAGCCUAGUGGUUAGAGCGUUGGACUAGUAACCGAAAGGUUGCAAGUUCAAAUCCCAGAGCUGACAGGGUACAAAUCUGUAGUUCUGCCCCUGAACAGGCAGUUAACCCACUGUUCCUAGGCCGUCAUUGAAAAUAAGAAUUUGUUCUUAACUAGCCACAUAGCAACUGAAGCUAACCCAACAGCCUACCAAGCCACAUAGCAAGUGAAGCUAACCCAACAGCCUACCAAGCCACAUAGCAACUGAAGCUAACCCAACAGCCUACCAAGCCACAUAGCAACUGAAGCUAACCCAACAGCCUACCAAGCCACAUAGCAACUGAAGCUAACCCAACAGCCUACCAAGCCACAUAUCAACUACAGCUAACCCAACAGCCUACCAAGCCACAUAGCAACUACAGCUAACCCAACAGCCUACCAAGCCACAUAGCAAAUACAGCUAACCCAACAGCCUACCAAACCACAUAGCAACUGAAGCUAACCCAACAGCCUACCAAACCACAUAGCAACUGAAGCUAACCCAACAGCCUACCAAGCCACAUAGCAACUACAGCUAACCCAACCAGUAGGUUACCAAGCCACAUAGCAACUACAGCUAACCCAACCAUUAGGUUACCAAACCGCAUAGCAACUACAGCUAACCCAACAGCCUACCAAACCACAUAGCAACUACAGCUAACCCAACAGCCUACCAAACCACGUAGCAACUACAGCUAACCCAACAGCCUACCAAACCACAUAGCAACUACAGCUAACCCCACCAGUAGGUUACCAAACCACAUAGCUCAGCCAGUAGACUACCAAACCACAUAGCAACUACAGCUAACUCAACAGCCUACCAAACCACAUAGCAACUACAGCUAACCCAACAGACUACCAAACCACAUAGCAACUACAGCUAACCCAACAGACUACCAAACCACAUAGCAACUACAGCUAACUCAACAGCCUACCAAACCACAUAGCAACUACAGCUAACCAAACCACAUAGCAACUACAGCUAACACAACAGACUACCAAACCACAUAGCAACUACAGCUAACCCAACAGCCUACCAAACCACAUAGCAACUACAGCUAACCCAACAGCCUACCAAACCACAUAGCUCAGCCAGUAGACUACCAAACCACAUAGCAACUACAGCUAACGCAACAGCCUACCAAACCACAUAGCAACUACAGCUAACCAGUAGGUUACCAAACCACAUAGCAACUACAGCUAACCAGUAGGUUACCAAACCACAAAGCUCAGCCAGUAGACUACCAAACCACAUAGAUCAGCCAGUAGACUACCAAACCACAUAGCUCAGCCAGUAGACUACCAAACCACAUAGCUCAGCCAGUAGACUACCAAACCACAUAGCUCAGCCAGUAGACUACCAAACCACAUAGCUCAGCCAGUAGACUACCAAACCACAUAGCUCAGCCAGUAGACUACCAAACCACAUUACAAUUGCAGCAAAUGCAUUUCCAUCCAUAUCCUGAAGCUAAUUGACUAAAGUGAUGUUUCCCACAGGGAGGGCUGUACUUACUGUACUGGAGAGAGUCCACCACAGAAUGGCCUGUAUAUGUGAUGAGCUCUAUUGGGAACGAUUGGCCUCCUGUUUCUGUGGAUGACACAAUGGCAGAUGUAACACUUGACCAACAUGACAUUGAUGUGACAUUCAGUUCUGGUUGAUGUAGGACAGAUUCAGUACUGGUUGCUAUAGGACAGGUUAGGUACUGGAAGCUAUAGGACAGGUUAGGUACUGGAAGCUGUAGGACAGGUUCAGUACUGGUUGCUAUAGGACAGGUUAGGUACUGGAAGCUGUAGCACAGGUUCAGUACUGGUUGCUAUAGGACAGGUUAGGUACUGGAAGCUGUAGGACAGGUUCAGUACUGGUUGCUAGAGGACAGGUAAAAUACUGUUUGUGUUGCUUGUUGUUUGCCUGUUAACAUGACUCUGAGCAUACAGAAGGCUCAGUGGAAAGUGUAUACCAUGGGACAGAUGGACAGUAUUGCAUUGAAAGGAUCCAGCUAUGUCCUUACAGCAUGUGUUUUGGUCUGUUGUUGUGUCAUGUUCUAUAAUGUAUCACUGAACUGUUUUCGGUUCUUAGAUGGAAAACCACUCCAUAGAACCUCAUACCCAGAAAAUCAAUAUCCUCAUCCUACAUUCAUACUGUUGCUAUAAGUUAUAUUCCAGAAAUAUUUAAUUAAAGGAUGGUUUUUUUUUUAUUGUUUUGUAAAAUAAACUUUAUAUAAAUGUGGAAUUCUU